AUGUCCAAGACAUCUCAUAUAGAAACAAACUCAAUAGUAAAUAAUCCCAUUUUAAUUGAAGAAGGAGAACUAAAAGAAAAAGAAGAGAUAGAUAGGGAGAAAGAGAAAGAUAAUAAUGAUGGCAAGGGGAAUAAUAGCUUUCUUGAUCAAGAUAAUUUUAUUCUCAUAGAGGACGAUAACGAGGAAGGGUUUGAUGACUAUGACGGGCACUUUGAUAACCCUACAGAAACAGAAUCUAAGGAAUCUAGUGAGGUACCAAAUUUAUCAUUACCCAAGCAUAAUUCAUUAGAAGAAAAUGAUGAUUUUAUUGCAUUUUCUAAUAGUUCAUUGUCUAGCGAUAGCGAUGAAUUGCAGGAUUCAAAAUUAGAAAAUAGACUGGAAGAAUCUCAACUAGAAAAGGGCAAGAUUGAAACAGCUAUUACUUCAUCAGAUUAUCCAUGGACGAUUAAUCAUGAUCAUUCUAAGGAGACAGAAAUUGCUGAUUGGUUAACAUUGGAAAUACACGAUUUUGUUAAAUAUAUUUCACCAAGCAAAGAAGAGAUUAAAGCUAGAAACAUCACUAUAAGUAAAUUACGUCAAGCUGUCAAAUCUCUUUGGCCUGAUGCAGAUUUACAUGUUUUUGGAUCAUAUGCCACCGAUCUUUAUUUACCUGGUUCAGAUAUCGAUUGUGUAGUUAACAGUGAAGGUGGUGAUAAACAGACUAGAACAUGCCUUUAUAAAUUGGCCCAACAUCUUAAAAAUGAGCAUAUAGCUACCGAGAUUGAAGUGAUAGUAAAGACUAGAGUUCCCAUUAUUAAAUUUGUGGAACCAGAAACUCAAAUUCAUAUCGAUGUGUCCUUUGAGAGGACCAAUGGUCUUGAGGCUGCUAAAUUAAUUAGAGAAUGGUUAGAAGAGACACCAGGAUUGCGAGAAUUGGUUCUUAUCAUUAAACAGUUUUUACAUUCAAGAAGAUUGAAUAAUGUCCAUACCGGUGGGUUAGGUGGAUUUUCUAUCAUUUGUCUAGUGUAUUCAUUUUUACAUCUACACCCACGUAUCCUUACAGGUGAAAUUGAUCCUUUAGAGAACCUAGGAGUAUUAUUAAUAGAUUUCUUCGAAUUAUAUGGUAAAAAUUUUGGUUACGACGAUGUUGCUAUUAGUUUAUUGGGUGGGAAGCCAGCCUAUUUUUCCAAAUUAGAUUGGAAAGAAUUAUAUCCAAUUAGAAAUUCGUUUUCUUUAGCUAUUCAGGAUCCAGAUGAUAAGACUAACAACAUCAGUCGUGGUUCAUUUAAUAUUCGAGACAUUAAGAAGGCCUUUGCUGGUGCAUUUGACUUGUUAACAAACAGAUGUUUUGAAUUAGAUUCCAUACCAUUUAGCAAAAGGAAGGGACAAAGCAUUUUAGGAAAUGUUAUAAAAUACAAAGGAAAGCAAAGAGAUUUUAAAGACGAAAGAAAUUUGGUUCUUAAUAAAGCCAUUGUGGAGAAUGAAAACUACCAUCAAAAGAAGAGAAGUCGGAUUGUGCAUGAUAUGGGAGACAAUGAAUUAAAUAGUUAUGAAAAUGAGUCAAAAGAAAGCUCACCAGAUCCUCCAUUGAAAAAGAGAAAGAAAGAUAAGUCAAAUUCAGAUAAAAAGAAAGACAAGAAGAAAUCGAAGGUGGAGAAAAUAAAAAAGAAAAAGAAUAAAGUCAAGGAUACUAAAGAAACUGAACUUACAACCUUUAUUGCUGCAAAAGAUGAAGACGAAGAUGAUUACAAUCCACUAUCUGUUUAA